AAAAUUCACUGUGACCAACAUGCACGAGUCCGUAGAAGUUGCCGUUAAAUUACUACUGGGUCUCGUAAUAUUCAGUCUAUCGAAUUUAUUGGCUUAUAAAUUUUUAAUCGUGAUAAUUGUCGUCUUAAUGAUACUAUCCGCUGCGAAUCUGAUCUGCAACUCAAAGUUGAUUCAACAGCUCCAAUAAUUAUCGUUCGCCGAUUUUAAAUCUACCGGGAUACGCAUUUAAAUUCAAUGCGCAAGGUUUUCACUUUUCGUGAAUUGGCUCGCCCGUGGCGUUGAAAGAUCUUCGGAUAAUCAUGAAACGUAUUACGUCAUCAGUAAUGGCAGCGUGAUAUUGUAUACGAGUUGUGUCCGCUCCCCUUUAGGGGUAAAGUUAAUUCAUUUAUGAAAUAAAAUCGCGGGCCGUAAAGUACGUUCGUGAUAGGUAAUAAUAAAUCGACAUGGAUUGAAAACGGGUGUACGUGAACAAUAUUCUCUUAGUUUUUUAUUAAUCAUCAUCGUUUAAAAAGAACUAUCUAUCCGUAGUUGUUCGCGGUGGUGUAGUAUUAGGGAUUUGUGACGUUGACAGCAGACAGCAACGGGGAGCUACCCAACGAGAAGUGGCAGAGGAGAGCAGACGGAAAUCUGUGACAACGAGCUGUCAGAUUUCGAUUUUGACACAUCAGAACGUGGAAGAGCAAUUUCCGUAUCUCUAAAAUGUUCGUCGGUUUGAAAAAUAAAAUACGCGAAGAGACUGGGAGUGACGUUUCUACAGUUGUGAGGAAAGCUGGUAACGUUCGCAACGUCGGUACGAGGCAUGCCUCGCAGACUGGUUCGACUAGCAGUAUUAGUGGAUCGAUGAUAUCACUGGAUGGUUUCCGAGAGGAUAAUACCGUGUCUCCAACGCCAUCGAUACAGUUGAAACGUGAAAACAGUUUUGAGUAUAAGCUGAGUGACGGAAUGCAGUUAUCGUCUAAAGACAUAAAGAAAUUUGAGUGCAGAGAAGAAGAAUGGAAGAAGAGGCUAUUGAGGAGAGAAAGUGAGCUUUUGAAGAAGAUUGAAAAGAAGGAUGAGGAAUGGAAGGUUAGAAUGCAAGAAAGGGAAAAAGACUGGAAAAAAGUUGUGGAUAAACAUGAAAAGGAAAAAUUAAAGCUUGAGGGAGAACGAAAAAAAGCUGAGGAUGCUGUGCAUGCGAUGGAACUUGCACUCAGAAAUGCGGAAGAGUACAAGAAAAAACUCUACAGUUUUCAAGAGGAUGCCGAGCAAUUGGAAGGCUUCCAAACGCAAGAAAUGGCAAAGAUUAAACAUCUUUUGCUAGCCAAAGAACAAGAAGUUGAGGAAAAGAUUCAUCACCUGAAGAAUGUGACGGCAGAGGUCGAAAAUCUCAAAACUGAAGUAUCUAGGCUCAGGCGCUAUGAGGAUGAAUUGAAUACUGUACAGGAUGAAAUGGAAACAUUGAGACAUUCAACGCAACGGGAAAGAGCACAGCUUUCGAGUCAACUGGCACAAACGGAAGAGGAAGUUCGUCACUUGAAAGAUAAAGUGUUUGUACUAGAGCAAAGAGUUUCUUUGGAAUCGAAUGCUCAAACAAUUGACGAACGGGUGGCGGAUUUGAUGCGGGAACGAACUUUGCUCGAACGAAAAUUAGAAGAAGCUCAUCUACAUUUGUCGGAUAUCAAAACGAGCUGGUCAGGAAAAAUAUCAAGCCUCGAAACUCAGGUUGGAAGACUCAGUCGACAGGCUGGCGAGGAAGGUUUGGAGAGAAGGAGGGUGGAGAAAGAAAAAGAAGAGCUGCAGCAAAAAGUUAAACAACUUGAAGCAGAAGUGGAGGUAAACAACGUUGUGAUGCAAACUAAAGAUGCAAAACUUUUGCGAAUGGCAGAAGACAUCGAUGAGAUGGCCACGGAACUUAAAGAGCUCCGGGCCAGCGUCGAUGACGAGGUUGAAGAAUUUAAACGGGAAAUUGAAUCGUCUUCGAGGGAAAUCGUACAACUGAAAAAGGAUUUACAGGAUGUCACUGAAAAGCUGUCCCAUUCUACAACUGAACUGGCCCAACAACGAUUAGCUCUGGAUGGUGAAAAAGCUAGUAAUGCUUCUUUGCAUUUGGAAGUAGCUAGAUUGAGAGAAUCUUUAGAAAUAGAGAGAACUACUAUGGCAAAACUUCAGAUAUCGCUCGAGAAGGAAAGAGGAGAAAAAGAUUCAGCUUUGCUGAGGAACGCACAAGUGUCGCAAGAUGUUGAAAUGGCUCGACAAGAAUGUAGGCAACAAGAGAGUGAGAACUAUGAGCUACAUUGUCGCGUUGAGAAUUUGGAAGCUACGAUAAAAAAUGCAAACAGUGAACUGGAACAAUACCAGUCACAGUUAGCGGAGAGUCGACAGAGGAUUAACGAGUUGGAGAAGAUAGAACACAGUAAAGAUGAAGCCGCAGGUACUGAAAAGUUAUUGAAAACCACAAUAUCAGACAUGGAGGAUCAACUGAAUGAAAAAUCUAAGACAAUCAAAGUACUGCAACAACGACUGAGUGAUAUGAAGAAAACUCUCCAACGUGAGCUAAGAAUUCCUUCUACAUCAUUAGACAGUGACGUGGAACCGGCUACGGCUGCUGUGAUAAAUCCAAGUUCUACAAAAACUGUGAAUCCACAUCAGAAUAAUCCUAGAGAGGAGGAUGUUAAUUUCAAAUAUCUGAAACACGUACUCAUCAAGUUCCUAACCAGCAGGGAAUAUGAGGCUCUGCAUUUGACCAGAGCCGUUGCAACCCUCUUGCAUUUUUCACCGGAGGAAGAGAAACUGCUACAAGAAACGUUGGAAUGGAAAAUGUCGUGGUUUGGAAACCGUCCAAACUUAGGAAUUGGCCAAACAGCAAAAGCAAUACCACCGAGUUGAUAGUUAGACCAUAUAGCAACGAUAUUUAUUUAUACUGUCUCAAGCUCCGAAAUCUCUAAAGGUGUGCUAAGAACUUUAGCCAUACAGACUGGACGACGAUAAAGCGAGAAAUAAAAAUGAAACUCACGUAAAAUAAAAGGCAUUUGUUAUUGUACUGCUCCUAGGUAUCGACAAAAUAAGGAACAGUCUCUAUUCUCAUAUUUUCCAUAUAAUAGGCUUCCGAGUAUAAAAUAUAAAUAAAAGGAAGUGACAGGCGGAAUACGAAUAUUGAUAGAAUUGAAUAUAUUAAUUUUGUAGUACUAACGCUAAGCUGAUUGUCACAGAGUCUGAGUGGGACUCGAAAUUUUAGUGAAUAAAAUUGUUAAUACGAAUAUUGAACGAAGACUCAAAAAUUAGAUACUUAUUAAUAUGCUUCUAACUUAGAUUUUGAAUAAUACUUUUCCACCUACUUUUAAUUGAUAGUGAAUACGAAUGUAAAUUAUGUAAUAAUUUUAAAUUAUUUCACAUCAUUCCAGAUUUGAUGCAGAAUAGAUUAAUCAAAUAGAUUAAUUCUUCAUUACGUACGAUGGAAGUGCCUGUGAGGUCAAAAGCCAUUUUUGUAGUUGGAUUUGAAGUCACAAAACCAUUAUAGACUUCCACACAUUCCAUACCUGUGUCUGCAUCGAUAAAUUUUCGUGUUGUGAUCUUACGUGCAAUAAAUUUAAUUUCAUUAUUAUAUAAAUCUGUAUGCUUUUUACGACAAUCAAGUACUCGACAUCUGUUCUCAAACUCAUACAGAGCAGAUGGAAAGCCAAACUUGGAUUAUUACUGAGAUAGGGUAAUUUGAGGAUAUUGGCCAAUAACAAAUGAUGUUUGGCAAAGGAAGAUAACUGUGGUAUAGAGUAGGGAACAAUAUUAAACUACCAGGUGAAUAUUUGUAGGUAGAAGGAUAAGUGUUCUAACUUUAUUUAUUUACAUUCAACAAAAAAAAUCAGUACCUCAAUUACAAAUUUAGUUUCCCUUGCAUACGGUACGGCGAUUAUAAUCAGGUAAUUCAAAUAACUAUUAUGCUCUUUUCUCUUCGUCAAUGGGUUACAAAUUAUAAGAUACACAAAUCGAGUGUCUUCAAAUAUCAACCGACUUCUUCAGCUAAUUGCCUACAAGGCACGAUACACGUUUCGAUUUUAGUUACUAUUAUGGUAUUUUUAAUAUUAUGCAAUACUUCAGCUGAAGAUUGAAGACUAACUGUACAAAAAAUUGUAAUUGACUGAGAAACGUUCUAAUUCAGCAUUAUUUUCAUAGCGAAAGAAUACGGCGGGUGCAUAUUCCUCCGUAGUUUCAUUGUCUGAUUUGACAAUCAUCAUAUGUCCAUGGUCAAAUUGCUAAAUACCUAUCCUGCAAAGAUAAUCGAUUGAAAUUCUACUUCGUUAUGAAUUGUUGUUAUUGUAGUACCUUAUAACAUGUAAUAAAAUUGAUCAGACUGUGACCUGAG